AUGCAACUAUUACGACUCCUAGUUGCGCUAGCCGUAGUGCUAUUCUCCGUUGUUGUGAUCGCCGCCGAGGAUUAUUACAAAGUGCUUGGACUCGCCAAGUCCGCUUCGGAGAAGGAUAUCAAGCGCGCAUACAGGACGCUAAGCAAGAAAUACCACCCGGACAAGAACCCCGGUGAUGACACAGCUCGUGAAAAGUUCGUCGAAAUAGCCGACGCCUACGACGUCCUCUCAACCAGCACCCUCCGCAAAAUCUACGACCAAUACGGCCAUGACGGCGUAGAACAGCACCGCAAAGGCCAAGCAGCCGGCGGCAGCCACGACCCCUUCGACCUCUUCUCCCGCUUCUUCGGCGGCGGCGGACACUCCGGCCACGCACCUGGCCACCGACGCGGCCCAGACAUGGAAGUGCGGGCCUCACUACCUCUGCGCGAUUUCUACACAGGCCGCGAGAUCAACUUCCUCGUCGAGAAGCAGCAGAUCUGUGAUUCGUGCGAGGGGACGGGAUCGAAGGAUCGCCAUGUCGAGACGUGUGAUCGCUGUGCGGGGCGCGGCGUGGUUCUCCAGAAACACAUGCUUGCGCCGGGCAUGUUCCAGCAGGUGCAGAUGCAGUGUGAUCGGUGUCAUGGACAGGGGAAGAAGAUUAAGAAUCCUUGUCCUGUCUGUGCUGGGAGUCGGGUGGUUAAGAAUCAAGUUGAGACAAGUGCGGUGAUUGAGCCUGGGAUGGGGAAGGGGACGAGGCUGGUCUUUGAGAAUGAGGCCGAUGAGAGCCCUGACUGGAUUGCGGGUGAUUUGAUUGUUAUUUUGGAUGAGAAGGAGGCUGAGCUUGGGAGGUCGGCGGAGGAGAGGACGGAUGGGACUUUCUUCCGACGGAAGGGCAAGGAUUUGUUCUGGAAGGAGACUCUUUCGCUGCGCGAGGCGUGGAUGGGCGAUUGGACGCGCAAUCUUACGCAUCUUGAUGGGCAUGUUGUUCAUCUUGGGCGGAGGCGUGGGGAGGUUGUUCAGCCUUUGGCUGUUGAGACUGUUUCUGGGGAGGGUAUGCCACAUUACUCAGAGGGCCAUUUACAUGAUCAUCAUGAGGAUGAUGGUUCAGCGGGCAAUCUGUAUAUUGAGUAUACUGUUGUCUUGCCGGAUCAGAUGGAGAGUGGUAUGGAGAAGGACUUCCAUGCGCUUUGGGAGAAAUGGCGCAAGAAGAUUGGAGUUGAUCUGGCGAAGGAUUCUGGGCGACCAGUUGCGCCUCCGCCGGCGGAGGGGAAGGAUGAACUGUGA